AUGUCUUCCACUGUUGAACUGGCGUCCUCCUUCAUCGAGGGUGCCCCGCCCGGAGAGCUCGCCGAUGUCGUCGCCGACGUGCAAUCUUUGACUUCUGACGGCGACGAUAUUAUUCCAUCUCUCCUCCCCGCAUUCAAGCGGUACAAUGAGACGCAGCUCACAACGGUGAAAUUGCCGGGAUCAAGCCAGGAGGUUAUCGUCAGCGCAUUCAACGAGCUCGAAGAUAAUCGAUACUUUGAUCCGGAAAGCCAGACCUCCUUUGAGGUUGACCAUAGCACACAGACGGCCUCUGCGGCACAAUCAUACCCUUUGGAGUCGACGAAUGCGGAUUUGAUCAAAUCGCUGCUCAAGUCGUUCGGUGCCCAUGCCCGCGAACACUACCCCAACUGCUCAUAUGGCGUCUACCCCAUUGAGAAUGACUCGGCCGUUGCUAUUCUCUUGGUUGCCAACCGAUACUCUCCCAACAACUUCUGGAACGGUCGUUUCCGCGCAAUCUACCAACUUCCCGUCUCCUCCUCGUCCUCUACCUUGACGGGCAACAUCCACGUCGAUGUACACUAUUACGAAGACGGCAAUGUGGCACUCAACACUACGAAGCCAAUCCAGGUCUCCAUUCCCAGUCUGUCCGCCGAGUCUAUUGUCUCGCGGAUCGCUGCAGCGGAGCGCGAUUACCAGGAAGCGCUGAGCCGGGCGUUUGUCCAGACCUCCGAGGGUGUUUUCAAGGGUCUCCGCCGGCAGCUCCCCAUUACCCGGCAAAAGGUUGAGUGGGAGAAGGUCGGUGGAUAUCGUCUGGGACAGGAUAUUUCGGGCGGCAAAGGGCGAUAG